AUGAAUCCCAUAUCGCUUUACAUAACUACGUCUAGAUUGGUGUUUCAGUCUGAUUUAUCUAGCGAACUUGAAGACUUGAAUCGGUUGUUACCCUACCUGCGUAAAAGUCUCAGUUGCGUUGUAUGCUGCAAGCUACUAGUUGAACCGCAGAGCCCAUCCACUACCGGUUGUCAGCACCAUGUUUGUCGCGUUUGUGUUGGCAAGCGCAAGAAGCUUAAGCCGGUAUGCCGCUUUUGUAAAGAUUUCUUCCAAUACCGGGAGAACAUGCAGCUGCGCAUCCUGUUGCAAUGCUACAAAAGCAUCUGCUUAUAUAUUCGUACCAAACCGAUUUACGCUGAGAUACAAAAGUGCUCCACGAUACAGUCAUUGUCUAAAGGAAGCGUACCGGGUGGUAGCCGAGGAGUACCCCCUAAUAGUCUAAUGGAUUUGAUCGAGGAGGGUGCGGGGUUCGUCGAUGUUUUCCAGUGCAAUUCCGGACUGUCCAGAUCAGCUUAUUCCAUACUACCGUGCAUCUUCCCGGUUCCGGUCGUGAGCGGUUCCUACGAAAGGCCUGAUAAUUGUAAAUCUUCACAAAAGCUCAAAUUAAAAUUGAAAGAGUCAGAGCAACAGGUGGUGUACUCGCAAUUACACGGUUCGCAAGAGAAACUACGGCAACCACAGCAUUUACAACUGCAGCCAGCGCUUCAAAAACCACAGAAAUUACAAAAAUUGCAGCAGUCAAAUCAAAAAGUUAAUGUCCAGCAGCAACGACAAAAACAAUUACAACACCAGCGGCCUUUACUACAUCAGAAUUUGCAACGUCAAAAACUUCAGCAUGAACAACGACGACAACUUUAUCGACAGCAACAACAAUGCAUAUUAAUACAAAAACGAAAACGUCAGCAGAAAAUGGGACUUCAGCAGCAACCGUACCAUACACAAACGAACCAACAGAUACAACAGCUACAACAACCGCAAAAGCCACAACAUCAAAAUCAACAACAACGCCAACAACUACUACAGCAUCAACAACAGGAGCAACAUAAAUUACAGCUUCACCAACAGCAGCAACAGCAACAGGUAUUGUUGCAAAGGCAACUAAAUCAACAAAUAGUGCAACUACCACCACAACUAUCGCCGCAACAACAGCAAAAGCAAGCGCCUAUAUUUCAACAGCCAGCGCAAGCGAUGCCGUCAGUUUUUCCUCCUUCGCAACAGCAACCGAGAUCCGCCGGCUCUGACGAUACUUCGGUCAAUACUCAAUCCAGUGUAUGUCGCGUAGUUCCUUCUCGUUUUGGUCCAGCGAUUAUACACACGAAUUCACCGUCGAGCCGCAUUAACUUUGUGGCCCCAAGUAUUGUGUCCUCAAAUUCACUGCAGUCAAGCGUCGUAACACCAGUUGUGAAGAAUACGUGUGCACCGACAACACCACGUAUUGUUAACAUUACUACACCGCAGGAAAUCAAGUAUCAACAAACGCCGAUCAAGACGGUUUCUAGUGGUUCGACAAUGUACUCGGUUCUUUAUGCUGGAAAUGGCAACAAGUUCACGAUCAAGCGGAAGCCGGACGCACCCUCAAUUUUAAAAACGGUUGAUGCCCAACCAAUGAAGAUGGUAGCGACGAUGGUUUCGGUAGCAACUACGUCACAACAACCUCUCAUGUCUUCGUCCCAUACACAAUUGGCUCAAAUGAAGCCGUGUUUGUCGGCAAUUCGACCGAAUGGACCACAACGUCAGUCGCAAGCCACAGCCACGCAAUUGCCACAGCAAGUACAGCAGCAGCAGCUACCUCAGCAACACUUUAUACAACAACCUUCUGCACAACAAACAAUAGUGUAUAAGCACGAGCUUCAGCGGCAAAAUCCACCCCAACUUUCGCAACAGAUACAACAAACCGGACGACAGCAACAAUUGAUACUUCAGCAACCGCAACGACAGCAACAAUAUCAGCAAUUGCCAAAAACGCAACAGUUCCAUGUGCAACAAUCUCAAUUAUUGGUUCAUAAACCACAACAUCAGCAGCAAUCGCAGCAACCACAAGUUUUACAGCUACAACAAUUGAACACGCAGCAGUCGCAGCCGUUGAAAUUACAGCAACCGAUGCAAUUGCAACAGCAGCCGUUGGUAGAACAACAGGAAGGUGUGCAGCCACCGCAACAGCACCUUCCGCCACGACAACAAUUUCAGCAACAACAACAACAACUUAAGCGGAAAGGUUGUCGUUGUGGCAAUGCGACACCUACACCUGGAAAGCUUACAUGUUGUGGCCAGCGCUGUCCGUGUUACGUCGAUUCAAAGUCUUGCAUUGAUUGUAAAUGCCGCGGUUGUCGCAAUCCACACCGCGCCGAUGGUUUGAAGAUCCGACGCUCUCUCUCAGAGCUGUUGCAACAAUACAACACCACACAUGUUCAGGGGCAAGGUUCUGUCGAAGUGAGGAAGGAGUCCACCCAACAACAAGAUAUGCAAGCAGGGGUAUCUAUGACUGGUGUACCAGGUGAUAUAGGUGAAUCAGCAGUGGUAGUUCCAAACAUAACGUCCGUCACUUACUGCCUUAAUGCGGUGAAGGUAUCUACAGAACCGAUCACCACAGUUGCCUCGAGAAGUUUUGGAGGAUCGAAGGUGAAGAUUAUUAGUGCCGGUCACCAAGCGGCAGCACCAGCAAUGGUUUCCGCUAUGAAACCAAGAUCGGCAACCCCUGUUACCACUACCACUUCGCUCCUUAAGCAGGACUUGAGCAAACCUUCGAUAGCGGGUGUGGUGCCUUCGGUGCAUUGUAUGCCUUCGUCGAACGAAAGCGGCUUUAGUAUACGGCCGGUUCUGGGGAGCUUCGUGACCGAAACUUCAUCGUCCCUUAACUAUCAUCCAGUAACCAUAAACUCCGUUUCUUCGACCGCCUCCACGGACACUACUGGUGGUCAAUCGUCAUCUUCGAUCAUGACUCCGCUUGUCGGUAUUAACAGCACAAACACUAUUGUACCGGUAAGUGCAGUUAGUUCUCCGACCAGCAAUAACUACUUCGGUCGUUUAUGGACACGUUUCGGCGAUACAAGCGAUACAUGUGCUUUACUAAAUCCAGCUAUUACUAGAGUAGGAGGAAACGGAAGUGGACCGUCAACAUCGAGACAGCAUAUAGUUUCCCAAAUCAUACGCAAGCCGGAUACUUUGCUAAGUCAAAACUCAGUUCGCGCUGGUGCCAUACCUAUAACUUCAUCUGCAGCAGCUUCGCUCUCCCCUCUGCCACCAUCAUCUUCUCUGUCACCUUCAAUGCCUGUUGUGAAUGCGCCAAUCACGUCUCCUUCAUCCAGCAUGAUGUUUGGUGGCGGGAUCAAUCCGAUUACAACCGAUUUUUUUAUCAUAAACCAUAGUCCUGAUCCUCUUUCAAGUUAUGACGUUAACUGCAUUACAAAUUUAGAUCACUUACUCGACUCUGAUGGUGAUUUGUGCGAGGACCUUGAAAUCCCUGCUUCUAGUUUGGUUUCGAUUGAUUGAUUGCGUUGCAUUGAAUGUUAACUUUCACAAUUUUUUUGUUAUCACUAAUUUAAUUGAUUCAGGUCUUAGGA